AUGCUCCACCAGUUCCCACUCGAAGUCAACAUAUAUAUUCUCGAGCAAUUAACUCCAGCAGAAUUGUACUACGUGCUUCAAGUGUAUAAGCAUGAGCCAAGCGUGGUAUACGCGAUAUCGUACUGCUGGUGUUCCUACCAGCAAAAACAAGCAAAAUCGCUCUCUCACGAGUUGGUAGACUACUUGGGUCAUGAAUUAUUGAACAAGAACGGGUUGAAGUGUUUUCUGACGUACCCCAAGAAGUUAGCACAACUCACGAGAUCAUUAUCCAACCUUCAAGUUCAGGCGGAUCAGCACAAAGAAAACGCCCGCACCAACCACAACAACAUGUACACUCACAUUUAUGGCAAUCCAGUCACUUGGGGAAUCGGUAUCUUGAAGGAGUUUGGGCAGAGUAACUCGCCCAAAAGUUUAGCUGGCCAAAGCAUUCAUUUGAAGGGGGACCUCACGGACUAUUACUGGGCUCUAAAAGAUUUUGCAUCAAGUGUACCGGCUCAAUAUUCCCAAUUAGGAAUUCGGUUGAUACAUACGUUCAGUGUGGGCAGUAUUGAGAGCUGUACUUUCCCCCAAGGUCCUUAUUUCACUAUUCAUCUCCACUCCACUCAUCGCGGGGUCAAUGUCUUCAAAGAACUCGAAGAAAUUAGCUUCUGGCACACAGUAAUAUACGAAUGUAACGUGCCCACGAGCUAUCACACACUUGUAUGGUCCACCAUGUUUGAACGAGUCCAUACACUCCAAAUAAGGUGUGCUAACAUUCGAUUUGCAGCCAAUCCGUGUGUACAAAAACUCACCGUUUGCAGCAAUUACAUCUCCAACUUUUAUUUUGUGGACGCCCCACAAGUAUAUUUACGAUACGCGGUCCUCAAGGAAGAGGAAGCACAACAGCUUGGUUCACCCGUGUCGGUAGUACACCUCUACCAGUGUCUUUGUUACUGGGACAUUGACAAAAUACUGUUGAACAUGAGGUACGCUCAGUGCAUGAAAGGCACUUUUAAAGACCUGUUCCACCAUCAGAAGAUGUUUUUACACGGGAAGGCGUUUAGGAACGGAUAUGUAGCGACCGUUGAAGGCAUGCACUAUCUUUAUCCAUUUGAAGGCGAAGCGAACGCAUCGGAGGUGGAGGCGCAGAGCCUAGAUGAGCAGAGCCUAAAUGAGCAGAACCAGGCAGGCGAGGCGAGCGACAGCUCGGCCGUAGUUGGCGCGCCGGCUCGCGAGGCGGGAAGGGAAAACUCUGCCCGCCGACUGGCGAUGCGAAAAACUCGGCUCGACCAGGCGAUGGCGUGGCAUCGCCUAGGACCUCGUACCAAGAAACACAGAAAAUUAGUGGGCGCCCACGGUCCACCAACCAACCGUAGUCUCACGUGA